AUGACAUCUGAACACACUUCUAGCAACAUCUCUACUGUCACCGCAUUUUCCAUAUCAUCACCAUCAAUAGCAGCUGAGGGCACAUUUUCAUCCUCGCAGAAUCAAUCUUCUUCCCUAUCUCUUAUUCCCAAUUCAAAGAGCAGGGAUAUCCCUUCCAAACAUGAUCAUGCUCUCCGAGAUCUCGGGCCUCGUACUUCGUAUUAUGCCAAACAACCUGCUGUCGGAACUUGCGUUACUAAGAGGACUAAGAGGAAACGGAAGCCCGCUAACACAUACAUUGCGCCAUCAAAAGUGACGAAAUCAGGGGAUACUUCUCAAAGAACGUUAAGUAGACGUGAGGAAGUCCGAACUGCAGAUGCUAAACGCCAUGAAUCAGACUUGGUGGACCCCAUCUUAGACAAGUUGGAAAGUCAAUUAGGUUCUAAUACGGAGGGACUAGCAGCACUUGAGCGAGUGACCAACUUGCUGAAUGACAAGUUCAAGGCGAGGCUACGACAAAAUAAGAUUUUGCAUCAAACAACCACCGAACGUGACUCUGUCAUGGAGGAAAACAGGAAACUCAGGGAGAAUAUGGAAUUUUUUGGAACAAAUGGUGAAACGCUACUCUCAAAAGUUGGGAAAAUCAUCUCGAACUUCGAAAAUAACCACAGGAGACAAAGUCAAUAUGGAGAGCAGAGUAAUGAUGACUUGGGGGGAGCGUCUGCUGAUUUGAAACGUCACCUUGAUAUAGCUGCCUCGCUAAUGGAGCGAGGUCCCUCAAUCGUUGAACAGCACAGGACACAGACCUUUCCACAAGAUCCCGAGAGAAGAACCUUUGCACAUUCCACCUUUCCGCAGGGGGCUGAAUCAGACCGGAAUUCUCUGUGCCCUUCAUCCUCAUUUAAGCACUCUCAGAGUGAUUCAUCACCAUUUAGUGGUUAUUUUGACGGAACUAUUCACGAUACCCAAGAUGAUCUGGUCAAAAAAUCUUGGUCUCCUUCACAAGGAUCAUCGUCGAAAUAUCCAGAUCUCAUCGGCAACGAAAAAGCCGAGACCUUCGGGGAUUGGCCGGACCAGAGUAUCAACCUCACCGCCCCAAGCACAGGUUUUGUGCUAGGCGAUGUGGACAUGGAUGUACAGAGUACCAAAUAA